AGAGGAUUGCCACGGCUACGACGCCCGCACAGAAGGCCGCUUCGCUUCUUGCCGACUCCGCCGGACGCUGGAAUGUUACCGGUAGAUAACAGACUUCGAAACUUACAGAUCUACAAACUUCUCCAGUGUGUUCACCAGAAAGACAAGAAGCAAAUAGAAAAGCUGAUCCAGAAUGGAUUUCCAAACCUCAUCAAUUUCACCGAGCCUAUGGAUGGACACAGUGCUCUUUCUUUGGCUUGCAUUAAGAACGACAUCGACAUGUGCAGUUUCUUGCUACAGCAGGGAGCUCAUCCAGAUGUUCAGGACAAAAUGGGACGCACUCCAGCCAUGCAGGCAGCUGAGCUAGGCCAUAGCUUGGUUCUGGAGUUACUAGGAAAAAUUAAAGCAGACAUGACUGUUGUUGAUAAUGAAGGAAAAGGUGUUUUGUUUUACUGCAUUUUACCUACUAGACGGCACUAUCACUGCACUCAAAUUGCCCUGGAUUAUGGUGCAGAUAUUAACAACUGUAGUACUGAUGGGAAGCCUGUAUUUCUGCAAGCCUGUGAGCAAGCUCAUGAUAUUAAAGAAAUUUGUCUGAAUUUCUUGGAAAGAGGAGCAAAUCCCAAUGCAAGAGACCCAGUUACAGGUCGCACUGCCAUGAUGGAAGCAGCAAGAGAAGGUGUUCUUGAGGUGGUGCGUGGUAUACUUGAGAGAGGAGGUGAUGUUAACCUAUUUGACAAUGAAAGACACAAUGCUGCACAUUUUGCAGCCAAAGGAGGCUUCUUUGAGAUCUUGAGGAUUAUUUCAGCUUAUAAUGGAGACUUGGGACUGAUUGCCAUGAAUGGUAACACACCCCUUCAUUAUGCUGCAGAGGGAGGAUUUGCAAAUUGCUGCAAGUUUAUAGGACAAAGAGGCUGUGAUCCUACAUGGACAAACUUGUUAGCUAAGACUCCAAGAGCUGUUGCCAAGGACGGAGGUUUUAAAGCAGCAGCAACAGAAUUGCGUAAAAUUGAGAAGAACUUUAUAAAGCAGUCCAAGCCUGAAGCUAAGGAGAACAACCCACUUUGGGCACUGAGGCUAUACGAUUGGUCCUUAGAGCACCAGACUACCCUCCUCCAGGCAUUUGAGGCUGUCGACCAAGGAGAUGGGACUGUAGCCAAAGAUGAUUUCAUAUCAGUUAUUCAGAAGCGGUGUUCCUUCGUGGACACUGAGCAAAUACAAACUAUUGCUGAAGCACACGAAAAACCUGACUCUGAAGGAAUAAACACUGAAGAAUUUUUUAAAGGCUUUAAAUACUUGCAGAAAAACUGUCUGAUAACAUCCUUUGGACCCAAAAGGAAGAAAGGAAAGAAAGGGAAGAAACGAAGAGGCAAAAAGAGUAUUGCUGUCCCCAUGCCAAUUUGUGUUAUUCCAAAGAGUGCAUGUCUGCUUAGGGAAGAUGGCUUCCCUGUAUACAUGAUUGAGGCUGUUCAGAGCACUGCUGAGAGCUACCACACUAACCGAGACCACCCAUCUGCCCAUCCCGUGCACGAUGACCGUGCCUGGUACACAGAUGAACCAAGGAAAAUGUACAUGAAUAUUAACUUCCUGGUCAGAGCAGGAGACAUUCUAUCUCUACAGAAAGCUUUUGAGGAAGGUGUGCCAGUAGACAUAAAAGAUAAGUAUUACAAAACACCUUUGAUGACUGCAUGCACAAGUGGGAAUAUAGAUGUUGUGCGGUAUCUCCUGGAAAAGGGGGCGGAUGUAAAUGCAACAGACAAUUUCAUGUGGACUCCCCUCCAUCACGCUUGCUAUAAUGGACACCUAGAUAUCGCUGAACUGAUGGUAAAGGCUGGAGGAGCAAUAGAUGCACCUGCAAUAGGCAAUGCAACACCGCUAAUGAGAGCCAUAGAGAUUUGUAGAUUGGACAUAGUACAUUUUUUAAUCAAUGCAGGUGCUGAUGUCCAAACAACAAACAGCAACGGAAAAAAUGCUCUUGAUAUUGCUAAGGUAUUUGCAGAUUCUAGAAUAAUUGACCUGCUUCAAAAUAAACUGGACAAUUUGCCAAAGGUAACAGAGAAAAAAGGAGCAGAGAAAGGAAAGGUUGCAAAGCCAAAGACAUCUUCUACACAAACUCUUGCAGAAGUACAAGAUGUGAAAAAAGAGGUAUGAGAAAUGGUGCCAAGGGACUGAUUUGUUAAUAGCGAGAGUGCUUAUUUCUUUCAUUUAUUUGCUAUUCAACUCUCUGUAAAGCAUGCAGCUUUGUUAGAGUAUUUUCAGAAGCCAGCACAUAUUUUUGCCAGGUCUUUUUCAUUGGUCAAAUCUGUGGCUUCAUAAUUUAUGAAUUUUAUGCCUUCCCUAAUUCCAGAACUCUGUCUGGGGCACAGCCGUUCCUCUUCUUUCCUAUCUCCUGAAGAUCAUGAUCAUUCCACUAUGAUGUUGCAAAUGCUGAGUCAUUGGUAACCAUAAUUUCUCAACAGAAGCAUGUGCUUCUUCACAGGAUAAGACAGGAUCAGCCCUUCCAGUCAGGAGGAUAGUCUUCUUCCUCUGCUAACUGAACAAGUUGAAGUUAUCAGGCUUGUUGGCUUCUGAUUUCCCAGUUUGUCCACUAUCCUUCCUUUUCUACUGUUGAGCCAAGUCCUAUUUCCUUGAAGUCCACACUGAUCUGUUUAGCUGUUGUACUUCUGAAUAUUUUCUGUGCCCUUCUAGAGCCUUGAGAACCUUGCUGUUUCUGAACUAUCCAUGCUGAGACAUAAGCCUCAGAGAUCACAUUCUGCUUGUUCUAUUGUGGAUGAGGUCUUUCUAAUUCAGCAGCCACUUGCUAAUCAGAUCUGGAAGUCUAUUUAGAGAGAAAAAUGCAUCUGUAUCUGCAUUGCUGGAAAUCUGCUUCAUCAGUCCCAUCCCAGAUGUUGAAGUAAAUGCCACAGCAGCCAAGUGCUCAUUUAUGCCUUUUGAAGAUAAUGAGAGUUUCCGAGAGAUAGUAUAAGACUUUCAUAGAAGGGAGGAUGACAGCCAUAGGUGCUUAGUUAUUCAUCACGCAGAGCAGUAUCGGAACACCAGCAAUACAAGGCUAGUGUCUAGGGAGUUUUAAAAGAAGCUAACACUUUGAAGUCCAGAAAGGAGAGUCAUCUCUUCCUUUUUAAAGAGCUUCCCCUCACAAAUUUGA